CAGUUUGGUCUACAACGUCUUUCAACACAGGGAAAUCACCAGUUUGUGUGCCAUUUAUAAAACGAGUGAAAAUUGUUUUCUGCUUUUAGUCUGUACGAAAAGUUAGAAAAUGUUCGACUUGCAAGAUGUGAAAAGAUUCUACAACUGGAGUAUCGAAGAACGAGCGGAUGUUCGUACAAAAGAUUGGUUCCUUGUUCACAGUCCAUGGCCUCCACUAGCAAUACUAGUUUGGUACAUCAUAUUUUCCAUCAAUGGAAGAUCAAUGAUGAAGGAUAGACCUCCUUUUCAACUUAAAGGAGUUUUGAUCAUCUAUAACUUCGCACUUGUUAUUCUCUCAGCAUAUAUGUCAUAUGAGUUUUUCAUGUCAAGUUAUUUAUCCGGAUACAGUUUAUUUUGUCAACCUGUUGAUUAUUCAUAUGAUGAACUUCCUAUGAGAAUAGCGCGAGUGUCAUGGUGGUACUUCAUUUCUAAGUACAUCGAAAUACUGGACACUGUAUUCUUUAUUUUGAGGAAGAAAUUCAACCAAGUGUCGUUUCUUCAUGUGUACCAUCACAGUACAAUGCUCGUUAAUUGGUGGCUGGGGGUUAAGUAUGUGGCAGGCGGACAAAGUUUCUUUGUAGGAAUGUUAAACUCCUUUGUGCACGUUAUCAUGUAUACUUAUUAUGGUCUUACAUGCUUUGGACCACAGGUGCAAAAAUAUUUAUGGUGGAAAAAAUAUUUGACAAUGUUUCAACUGACCCAAUUUGUGGCAAUUUUUGUUCACUGUUCCUACAACUUAUGGGCAGAUCGUGAUUUCCCCGAUUGGUUGAAUCUACUUGUUAUGUUCUACAUGAUUUCACUGAUAAUGCUGUUCCUUAACUUCUACAUUCAAUCGUAUUUAAAAAAGAAACAACUCAAGCAAAGUUAAAAUAUUCAAGAUCUGUUAAACUGAUUGAUCCUGCACCCUAAUAGAUUAAACUGUGGAUAUGUUUCAAAAUAUAAAAAUAAAACAACAUUUCAAAAAGAUAUUUAGGUAGUUAAGUUAUAAUAUUUAUUGAAUGUCUUUAGCUGCCUGCGAAUGAAUGUUAUACACCGCAUGUUACUUUAUUCUCUGCUAUUACAAAGUUUCUUAACUGUUUAAUAAACUUGUAUAUAUAUUA